CGGGGUCAGUUUGGUUGGAGAGUGUCCGGGGCGGGGAGGAUCGGAGGUGACAUCAGGACGGGGGUCGAGACCAGACAAGAGAGUAGUGAUGACGGUGAUUAGUAGAAGGGGAUAUAGGGAUAAUACUUACAUGAAUAGUAGGACAUAGAAUGACUAUGUUUAUAUUGAUGAUCUCGGAUGCUAAAUGCUAUUCCUCGUCUCAUCACAUCUCCAAACAACCUUUAAUCUCAUCACAUUGAAUCCUUCUGGUUGGCGCCAUCACCAGCCACCUUUUCCCCGCUGGGCACCACAUCGCGAUCUUGGUAUAAUCCCUCCUCCAGCCCGAUGGUUGUCUGGAUCUUUCUACACUCUUGAAGAAUCAUAGGAUUAUCUAUCGUGGUACUCUGAAAUCUUGACUUCUCUUCUCUCUGUUUACUCCUCUAUUUCCCUUUUACUCGGUUAGGAAUCUCUCGGCGCCUCUUCGAAUGCGUCGUUCGCCACAUCCGUCGCAUACACCAACUUUCAACCAACUGGCUGCUUGCGGAAUCUCUCCUUCACCCAACUCUCUCGUCUUCACCCCAACGCCUAAACGCUAACAACUUCUUCGAAACCCUCACUCCUUUUUUCCACCUCUCUUUCGCGAUCGUGAUCCGUAUCCAUCAUUCUCCCUCUCUCUCUCUCUCGACUCUCUCGACUGGUGGUCCUCCUCCUCCUCCUCUCCGCGCACCGCCCUCUUUUUCCAGUCCCGCCAACCACCUCGCAUCCCGGUGCCCCGCCUCUCUCUCAGCUGCCCUCCUCACCUUCCAACUCCACAACAUGGAGGGCAUUGAUCUCACAAAGGCCGUGUUGAAUAAGGGUAAACAAAUGGCCAGUGUCGCUGCGUCUGCUGCCAAUGGCAACGGCGGCAAGAAAAGGAGAAAGGGCACUGACUUGAAGCCCAUCGUCACCAAUGAGGGCAAGUCAGGCGAGGCGGGCGAAGCCACAGAAUCAAGCGGCGCCGCGCCCAAUUCCAAGACGACCGGAGGGUCGCGCUCACCGUCGACUUCGUCGGGCGACGAGGUUGAAACCACCGCCGAGGAGGAGGAUUCCGAGGACUACUGCAAGGGUGGGUAUCACCCGGUGGCCGUGGGCGAGACGUACAAUAAUGGCCGCUACGUCGUGGUGCGCAAGCUUGGGUGGGGUCACUUCUCGACUGUCUGGCUGUCCAGGGACACGACCACGGGCAAGCACGUCGCGCUAAAGGUGGUGCGCUCCGCUGCCCAUUAUACCGAGACCGCCAUCGAUGAGAUCAAGUUGCUCAACCGGAUCGUCCAAGCCAAGCCUUCUCACCCUGGUCGCAAGCAUGUGGUGAGCCUACUGGAUUCGUUCGAACAUAAGGGACCCAACGGUGUCCACGUAUGUAUGGUGUUUGAGGUACUGGGUGAGAACUUGCUGGGUUUGAUUAAGCGAUGGAACCACCGAGGUAUCCCCAUGCCAUUGGUCAAGCAAAUUGCCAAGCAGGUAUUACUAGGAUUGGAUUAUCUACACCGAGAGUGUGGUAUCAUCCAUACCGAUCUCAAGCCGGAGAAUGUCUUGAUUGAGAUUGGCGACGUUGAGCAGAUUGUCAAGGCCCAUGUGCAGCAAGAAGAGGCCAAGAAGGCGGAGGAGCAGAAGAAAGAGGACAACCGCAAUGGUCGCCGGCGCCGGCGCACACUCAUCACGGGCAGUCAACCGUUGCCGAGUCCACUGAACACCAGCUUCAGUAGCUUUGACUUCAAACACAGCUCUUCCAAUUCCCACAGCAGUCUCAGCCAGAUGGUGAACGAUCCGACACCAAAUGAGUCCUCAAUGAAGGAGGCACUGGGCAUCAAAGAUGAAGAUGAGCAGCAGAAGACGCGAGAGAAGACAGCUGAUCUCCUGGAGAGAGAAGUGUCUGGUAUUUCUCUGGAUAAGAGCUCAACAAAGUCUCUUGAAGAGGAGAUUGACGCCAGCAUUAUUUCCGUCAAGAUUGCCGACCUGGGUAACGCAUGCUGGGUCGGACACCACUUUACCAACGACAUCCAGACACGGCAAUACCGAUCGCCGGAGGUUAUACUCGGCGCCAAAUGGGGCGCAAGCACGGACGUGUGGAGUAUGGCGUGCAUGGUCUUCGAGCUCAUCACUGGUGACUACCUCUUUGACCCCCAGUCCGGCACUAAAUAUGGCAAAGACGACGAUCAUAUCGCCCAGAUUAUCGAGCUGCUCGGACAGUUCCCGAAAUCACUCUGCCUCUCCGGUAAAUGGUCGCAAGAGAUCUUCAACCGCAAGGGUGAGCUGCGUAACAUCCACCGCCUACGCCACUGGGCUCUACCGGACGUUCUUCGGGAGAAGUAUCAUUACAGCGUAGAGGAAGCCAUGCGGAUCAGCGAAUUCCUCUUACCCAUGCUGGAUCUUUCACCGGAGAAGCGUGCUAAUGCCGGUGGCAUGGCCUCGCACGAGUGGAUGCAGGAUACGCCGGGCAUGGCUGGGAUUAGUCUGGGUAUCACGCCCGGGACGCGGGGUGAAGGAAUUGAUGGGUGGGCAUCCGAAGUCAAGCGGCGCUAGAAGAGCCGCGCUACAAGCGUGACGGAAUUUGUCGUAUCUCAGCGAGUUUUUCGUACCUUCUUGGUCUCCUCGGCUUUCUUCUUGUUUACUUUACUUGCCUUUGCCCUUUUUUCCCCUUUCAUCUUUGACGGGCUAGAACCCUAGACGGGACGGUCUGUCGGAGUUGCUUCGCUGGUUGAUCCUUCCCUCCUUUUUCUUCUCUUCGUGCCCCUAUCUACCUUUCCUGUCUACCCUAUCCUACUCUACCUACCUUUCCAACAACAGUGAUGAUAUGUGAGUCUAUACGAUCCUUUCUCUUACUGGUUCCUUGUGGUGGCAAACUGGUCGGCCUAUGUGCUUCUUUCAUCUCCCGCUUCCCUUUUGAACCAUCUUCCUUGGCGACUCAUUGGGGGUUCCGCAAAUCUGUGAAUGCGGGUGUUUUUGAGAAGACGCCCUCCCAAGUAUCCAUCUUAGGCCUUUCCACCCGCCUCAUCUACUUUACGCCCAUAGAUAUUCGUGCUUCAGCUUGAUGUCCUCUUCUUUUCUUUCCUAUACUAUGUUAGGUGGGAUGCUUGGUCUCUGGAUUCGUGGACCCCCCGUUGCCCAGAUCCUGCAGCCAUCCAUCCGGUCCUC